UUGGAUAGUGCGGACGACCUGUGGUUGGAAUGCAGCGGCACACCGCUGAAAUGGCAUUACCCUGUUGGUGUACUGUAUGACUUGCGCAGGCCGGACGAGACAGAUGACGCACUGCCAUGGCACGUCACCGAUUUUCCUGAAAAUGAAAUUUUGCACUUCUCGACCAAAGAAGCGAUCGAGGCUUAUUUUUUCCAGACAGUUAAGGAAGCGGAUCAGCUGAAACACAGGGGCGAAAUCAUCAGUAAGAUGCAGAAGAUGGAGCAGAAAUCGAUGUGGAACGCAUUGUUAAAUGAUAAAUUUGAACAGUUUUGGGCCAGCAACAGCCGCCUGAUGGAAAAUUCCAGCAUUAACCCCAUAAAGUACUUGCCGAUUCGCGUCUACAAUAAGGAUCAGACGUUUAUCCAACGACUAAUAUCGACCAACAACGAAAACGGACAAAUGAAUACUGUGCUAGAUAUGCUUAGAUCGUUUUUCCCGAAUCGAGCCGAUGCAAGUGUUGAUGUGCUACGCGUAUUCUGCCAGAGUGUGCACAUUCCCCACUGCACGCCGCUGCUGUGGCUCUACGUAAACAUGAGCUAUCCGGACAACUUUCUACAUCUAUGUAUAUCAGAGCAAUAG